CCUAAGAGUGCGGGUUCCGCCCCGCCCCAAGACCCCGCCUUCGACGUCCAGAGCGCCCCCCUCCACCCCCGCCUGCUGUCCCUCCGCUUGGGGUCCAGCGCCGCUGUGCUCUGAAGCGCUGUCUCUGCGGGCGCCAAGAAAUGGACCAAUUUUGACAAGAUGUAGUGCUGCAGCGUGCCUAAUGGAAUAUAUUCAGUCAUGGCAUCUGAACUUUGUAAGACGAUCUCUGUGGCAAGGCUGGAAAAGCACAAGAAUUUGUUCUUAAACUAUAGGAAUCUGCACCAUUUCCCAUUGGAGUUACUGAAAGAUGAGGGACUGCAGUACUUGGAAAGACUCUAUAUGAAAAGGAACUCCCUUACAACCUUGCCAGAAAACCUUGCUCAGAAGCUUCCAAACCUUGUGGAACUGUACCUUCACUCAAAUAACAUCGUUGUUGUUCCAGAAGCCAUUGGGUCCCUUGUAAAACUCCAGUGUCUGGAUCUUAGUGACAAUGCCUUAGAAAUUGUUUGCCCAGAAAUUGGUCGUCUGAGGGCUUUACGUCAUCUUCGAUUAGCUAAUAACCAACUGCAAUUCCUACCUCCAGAGGUUGGCGAUUUGAAGGAGCUGCAGACACUAGACAUUUCUACCAAUCGUUUGCUAACUUUACCCGAGAGGCUUCACCUGUGCCUUUCUCUGCAGUACCUCACUGUGGACCGAAAUCUUCUGUGGUGUGUGCCGCGCCAUCUCUGCCAGCUGCCCAGCCUUAAUGAGCUCUCCAUGGCUGGAAACCGUCUUGCAUUUUUGCCACUUGAUUUAGGUCGAUCUCGAGAACUACAGUAUGUAUACGUGGAUAACAACAUUCACCUGAAAGGCUUGCCAUCUUAUCUGUACAAUAAAGUCAUCGGCUGCAGUGGCUGUGGUGCUCCCAUUCAGGUUUCCGAGAUGAAGCUACUUUCCUUUUCAUCAGGGCAACUAACUGUUUUCCUCCCAGCCGAGGUGAAGGCCAUCGGGACCGAGAAUGAUCACGUCCUGCCUCUGCAAGAGCUGGCCAUGAGAAGUCUGUAUCACACCUACCACAGCUUUCUGAAAGAUCUGAACUUUCUAUCUCCCAUCUCACUACCCAGAAGUCUCCUGGAGCUGCUGCACUGCCCCCUAGGGCACUGUCACCGGUGUAGCGAGCCCAUGUUUACCAUCGUCUACCCCAAGCUCUUCCCCUUGAGAGAGACACCGAUGGCAGGGCUGCACCAGGGGAGGACAACGGUUAGUUUUGUAGCUUACUGCUGCUCCACCCAGUGUCUGCAGACUUUUGACCUGCUGAGCUGAUGAACGCUGAGAGCCUUGGGAGGACUGCCAGUUUAGGACUGCCAGCUUAGCACUGCCCCGCCUGUGCAUCACACUGUGCAUUGGAGCGAGAGAGUCCAGCCAGGCCGGCACAGGCUCAUCCACCCUGUCCUGUCAAACACGGGGGCACUCCAGAACUCUCUGGAAAUGUCAUAAUUGAGCUUCAGAGCUAAAAUGCCUUCACCCUUCCCCCAAGUUGGAAUAUAUCCUCCUCCAAACUAAG